CAUCCUUCUGCGCCGAGGCUUCCGCCAGCUUCGCGCUGUCUCAGUGGUCGAGCGAACGCCUUUUUCCUGACGCGCGCUCUCGGCGACGGUCUCGGCGAAGCUCUUGUUUUUUUUUUUUCACUUCUUCUCAAGGCCAUCAAGAGUCGGAGCUCUUGGGGCUGUUUGGCAUGUGCACGCGCGUGUGCACUUUGUAAUUCGUUGCAACCAUCAACACUAAAUUAAUUUUUGGGUCCAAUUCCUCUUCCUCUCUCUACUGCGUACCUACCUGGCUCCGCAACCAUGGCGGCCCCUCGUUACAAAGACAAGGACGCCGGCGUCGUGCUCUCCUUCGGCGGCCAGUGGGUGAGCUGGUCGCACACUGCCGUUGCCUAUCUUGCUUUCUUCAGCGCCCUCAUCGUGGGCUCCGCACUACACUACCGCAAGAUUGUCCAGAACGAGUGGUAUGGCUACCCGGACGAGUGGUUCCCCUCCGUCUCAGCCACUAUCGGUGACCGCUACCCCGAACGCUCCAUCUUUAUGAUCUUUAUCGCCAUCACCUCCGGGCCAAGAUUUGCACUCGUCGGACUAUGGUACUUGCUUACCGCGAAACCCGGCCGCACCCUCCCGAAAGCGAUCGCUAUCUCCGGUGUCGUCCGCACUUUGACAUGUGGUGGGUGGACAUACAUUACGUCGACGGACGACCAUGACUGGCACGACAUCUUGAUGAUUGCGUACAUCGUGUUCACGAUUCCCUGGACCACCGGGUGCAUUGCCCUGAGCCCAGCAAACGCCAAGGCUAUCAAGUAUAGGAAGUACUUGGCCGGCGGCUUCUUCGGUACCCUCGUGCCGUUGGUUUACUUCUUCAUCCAGCACAAGGUCCAUCGUGUGGCAGGGGCUUACACGAUUUACGCCUUUUUCGAAUGGAGCUUGAUUCUCCUCGACGUUGCCUUCGACGCAGUGACUGCGCUGGACUUUGACACAUUCGAGGUGGUUAUCAGGGACGUCAAGGGCGCGAGCAAGGGUGCCAACAAGUCCUCCGUGCCUGCUGCCGUGCUUGAGAAGGAGAAGGAGAAGGCCGCCGCAGUGGUCUUCUCAGAGGGUUUCCGCUCGGGCGAGGCUCUUGACAUCGCCGCCGAUGUUUACCACGGGUUCGUCUUCUGGUCUAUCCUAACCAGCUUGGGCGUCGUCGUCUGGUACUUUCCUCUUUGGCACAUGGGUAUCUCCGGCUUCGAGGCCCUCAUCAUGACCACGGUGGCCCCAGCGCUGCUCGCCAUCAGGCCAUUCCGUUCCCUUGUCGUCACAAACCAACGCAUUGUCCACCUUCUCUCGCUCGCCGGUCUGGUAGCCUAUCUGAUCGAGGAUCCUACCUUCCGGCUUUUUGCCGUCGGCCUCGGCGUCUCGAUGACUUGCCUUGGAUGGGCGGCCACCCUGUACUCGGACUCUGUGCAGCCCGCAAGACUGGAGAUGCGCGUUCUCGCGUGGGUUAUCGGUCUACUCAUGUCGUCUGUCGCCAAGUUUGCUUGGUACACCAACAACCCCAUUUGGCCCAUCAUGCACGCUGCCAACGGGGGCUGGAAUGGUACGGGCUUGGUCCUUGCCAUCCUCGCGGUUCUGCGGUUUACCCGCCGCGCCCCCCUGCAAGGCGGAAACCCGGUUGAAGCCAAGGGCGGGUCGGCAUUGCUCUCCGCCUUUGGUAUUGGCGGCUUGUUCUUCGGCCUGCACUCGCUCCUAUCCGAUACCAGCACGAUGAUCUUGUGGGUCUGGGACGGGUACCCGAUCAGGGGCCCUGUUUCCAACGUCCACGCAUGGUACACCAUUGCCGCCAUGACUGUCGGCGUUUUCGCGGGCUUCUCGAGGCCGGCGCUCGUCACGACAUGGACUGCUUACGGCGUGGGUUCAUUGGGUGCCGCGAUCCUUACCCUCAACCACCAGUGGUUUGGUUACUACGGGGCUCUCACACUCGCUGCUUACCUCAUGGCGAUCUCUGUCCCCUUGAUCAGCAGCGCUUCCAAGAAGAGCCCCGCCGUCACCUUCGGUCUAGGCUUCCUAAUCUACAACUUUGUGGUUCUCUUCCAUGUCUGGGUUGUCGCCUACGCUUUCGUACCCGGCGGGCCCCUCGUCCGUGAACGUACGGAUUGGGUCAUGUUGACCAUGAUGCUUCUAAUUGGCGCCGGCGUCUUUGACCUCAUCUCGCAGCAAGCCAAAUCCGCCCAUAAGCACGCGGCUCCUCGUCGCACCACCAACACCAACCACCGCAAGUACCACCUUGGCGCGCUCGGCGUCCUCAACGUCCUCUUCCUCUGCGCCAGCUUCCUUCGCUUCCCCACCAACGACUACAAGCCAUACCACGCAGAGGACCGGGUCCUGACAGCCGGAAUUUGGACCAUCCACUUCUCGCUCGACAACGACAUGUGGUCGUCCGAGUACCGCAUGCGCGACCUCAUCAAGGAGCUGGAAGUCGACGUGGUCGGCCUGCUCGAGUCCGACCUGCAGCGCAUCAUUAUGGGCAACCGUGACACGACGCAGUUCCUCGCCGAAGACCUCGGCAUGUACGUCGACUACGGCCCGGGGCCCAACAAGCACACGUGGGGCGCCGCUCUCCUCUCCAAGUUCCCCAUUCUCAACUCGACCCACCACCUCCUCCCCAGCCCCGUCGGCGAGCUGGCCCCGGCCAUCCACGCCACGCUAGACGUCUACGGCACCGCCGUCGAUGUCUUCGUCUUCCACUCUGGCCAGGAAGAGGACCCAGAAGAUCGCCGUCUGCAGUCGGAGUACCUCGCCAAGCUGAUGGGUUCAUCACCGCGCCCGAGCAUCCUGCUCUCCUACCUGGUCACGAACCCGCUCGAGGGCAACUACAACACGUACGUGUCCGACGUCAGCGGCAUGCACGACGUCGACCCCACCGACGACGACCGCUGGUGCGAGUACAUCCUGUUCAAGGGCUUGCGGCGCACGGGGUACGCCCGCGUCAGCAGGAGCACCAUCACCGACACGGAGCUGCAGGCCGCCAAGUUCGUCGUGCCCGCCUCCGACUCGGACAGCGUGUCGACCUGGACCGCGCCCAAGACGCUACGCAACCGCCGCAUCCCCGAGGACGAGGUGUCCGAGGGGCUGCGCUUCCCCGCCAUGUUCCGGGGUGAGGGUGUCCGCGGACACCACUACCAUGUGUUCGAUGAGCCGAGGUAUUAUAAUUUUUAAAGAGGAGGGGAGUGGUGAUGAAGGUGAUGUCGGGUAAGGUGGGAAGGGCGGUUGUUGUCUCUGGUAAGGGGU